AUGGACGGUAAUGACCGUCGGCGCUCGCAGUAUGGACAGCCAUACCAAUCGCAGGCGCAGUCAAGACCACUACCGGGACAACCGAUGGGCCCACCAUCGAGCGAUCGGUAUUCGCAGCCUGCCACACCAGCCCGAACUGACAUUGGACGCUCUUCAAUGACGCGACCAUAUGUCCCUGGCUAUCCAAGCUACGGCUAUCAAGAUCAGCAGUACAGUAGCUCUCAGAUGCAGGGCAGCAGUCCAAUCCAAGGUGUGGAAUUGCAGUACGCCCCUGCAUACAUGCAAGAUGCCCCAAGGCAGCAGCAGUCAGUUCAAGCCUCUCCAUCUCAACAACAGCAACAGCAACAGUAUGCCCAGUAUGCCCAGGGUUCCCUGCUUCCUCCCGUCGGCACAACGUCGCUCUACGACCCUAUGAACUACCAACAACGGCAAUCCGCAGCAAUUGAAGUCAUGGCAAGUCAGCUCGCUGUACCACAAUACAUUGGCCAAGGAGAUCAUAGCGGUGUGGGAGUUGCUUCGGCACAGCCUCAUUACAUGACUUCUCAGGCCGACACGAGCACCUAUGCCUCGGUUGCCGUUACCCGUCCCUCUUUACCUCAACCCUAUGGUGCAACUCAUGCAGAAUAUUCUGGCAUUGAACAACCAGAAACUGAGGGAAGUGGUGGUCAAGGGGCCCAAGACGCAUUGGAUGAAGGCUUGCGAGAAUAUCAGCAACGAUUGCGUUCCACCUUCGACUCGAUCAUUUCAGGCAGAGUGACGGAAGCUAGCGAGAAAAUACUGGUAGUUUCUCGCUGGCUGGUCAACUCUGCUACGACGCUUGGACUACAUCACGAUGACGACGCCCGACAUACUGAGCGAGUCGAUCUCUGGCGAGAGUUCAAUCUGUGCUGGGAAGCCCUCGGGCAGAAGCAGAAAGAGAUCACAGAAGAUGCGCUGAGAACAAGACGACAACCGGCUGACAUACUGUCGACCGAAGCCAUAACAAAUCUGGUAGACGAGUUGAUAGCAUUUUGCGACACCCUGGAGCCUUAUGGACUGGUCGACUUUGAGAUGGGGAUCUGGGAAGAACAAAUCACACACAUCUUCACCUUAUGCCUCGAUCUCCUUCCUCGGAACGAAACCACUGCACAGAGCACCCGAGUCCAAGCUGAUCCUGUCUGA